AGGCUAGUGCACCCGAGCCUCCGAAGACUUGACUGGGAGUGUUCUGAGUGUCGACAUUCUUGCGGGUCAUGUGGAGAUUACAACUCUGCCGGUCGUAGAUAAAGAUUUCUCUCACCGGCUCGACGAAUGCAAAGACUCGCUCAUCCCAUGCAGAGAGGCGUUGACAAUGGCGCUUCUAGCAUAUCAGGCCCUCGAUUCUCCUGAAGCUCUGCCAUCGUGUCGCUGCACAAUCAACUUCCAAGGACGUCUACUAUGCAAAAAGGAACUCCACAGACCGGCAACUGCAGCAGCGCGAAGCAGAUGGGAGCGCGUCGAAGGGGAACUGCGAGGCACAAGCCUAUCCUUUGAAUUCGUCCCUUUCCGACAACGCCAGGGGCGAGAGCAAGAUUCCACUCCCAGUCGAGCUCGCUCAUACACACUCCAAUUCGCCGACGCAGGCCUGGCAGUCGAUUCCAAAGACCACGUCAACCCCUUUUCCGAAGAGGGCGUCAACGCGUUUCGUCUCCGGGUGGAGGGCGAGCAGCUGCUAUGCGUCGCUCCUACAGCCGAAAAGGCUGCCAUCUGGGUCGAGCAGGUUCUCGCUGCGGUAGCAAUCAGUGGGCCAAUUGAUGAGAGGGCCAUGGCUAAAUAUCCUUGCAUCCCACCGAGAAGGCCAAAGGCGUCGAAUGCGUGUGAAGAGGGCAUUUCAGGGCGGUGGCUUUGGAUGAGAUGGUCAAGCCAGGCGCGAAUGCAGUACGACUGGUUGAUGGGAGUGUCGCAUGGGAGUCGAAAUGAAGGAUUGAAUCAGGACAUAGAGAUCGGGAAGGGACGCAUGCCACAUCACCCGGCGACGGCGCCGACGAAGGCUCUGGAGUGGUGGAUUAUCGAUGCGAUCGUGUCAGAUCCUGACACUGGUUCCAGAAUAUCCAAUCCAAGCGUUGCUGCGACGCAGUGUCCAUGCUCAAGUUGUCAAACGCCGGAAUCCUCCAAGGCGACGCGGCUUUCCUACCAGCACGGGACCAAAGAACCCAUAAUGACACUAAGUUCCAUAGAACUGCACAUACUUCAAUCUCAACGUGUCCAGCUCGAGCGCCCACAUGCUCACCGUCGUCGGCGCGCCGCAGAGACCGUUCACCAUUCCUUGUAAAAUGUGGCGACUAACGAUGGCGGAUCUGAACGAAGACAUAUGUAGAUCGUAGCUCAUGCCCAGCACACAAGACCCAGAUAGAUUGGCAGCAAUGGUCCCGAAGGGAAGCCCUUGACCAGUUUGUUCAGGUAGACUGAGAGCUGGAAUC